AUGCAUGAACAAGUUAGCGAUAAAAAAGCACGCUUACGCAUAAAAAAUGUACAAACCGAUCACUCCCAUCAGAUGAACGCAUCUCAGCGCAAAGCGCUCUCAAUGUCCACAGCAUCCCUAAAAAUACUUGGUCCACCCGGUACAGGCAAAACGUACACCUUGGUACACAUCAUUAAGAAGCUGUUAAACGGUGGUGGGAGGGUGCUUGUGUGUGCUCCUAGCAAUUUAGCAUUGGAUAAUUUGAGGAAAUGGUUCAGCGAGGAUGAAUGUGUUAGGAUUGGUGGGAAGAGCAGGUUUAGGAAUUAUGAGGAGAUUGUUGGGAAGGAAAGGGGUAGAAGGAAUGGCGGUAAGAUGGUACGAGGGGCCGGCGAUAGAGGUAGGAGUGGUGAUAGGGGGAGAGCAAGUGUAGGAAGGAGCAGAGUUAUGAGUACCGGUAGAGAGGGCAAGAAAAAUAGGGGAGGUAAAGGGAACAGAAGUAAGGAAGGCAGAAAAGAUGAGGAGAGUAGAAGUAAGGAGGGCAGAAAAGAUGGCGAGAGUAGAAGUAAGGAGGGCAGAAAAGAUGUGGAGAGUAGAAGUAAGGAGGGCAGAAAAGAUGGCGAGAGUAGAAGUAAGGAGGGCAGAAAAGAUGGGGAGUGUAGAAGUAAGGAGGGCAGAAAAGAUGGGGAGAGUAGAAGUAAGGAGGGCAGAAAAGAUGGGGAGAGUAGAAGUAAAGAAAGCGUAAAUAGCAAAGAAAGAAAAUGCGCCACAAUGACCAGGAAAGGUAACAAACACGGUAAGAGGAGCGUAAAAGAAGAGAAUAAUAAAAGAGUGGACUACGCCUUGCUUAAGAACUAUGAUCUGAUAUUUUCUACGCUGUACUCCCUGUACAAGAUAAGAGAUGUGUACGAUACGGUGAUUGUGGAUGAGUGCUGUCAGGCAGAUGAGGAUGAGCUGAUGAUGGCGUUCUUUAAAGGAAGAAACGUUAUUCUAGCGGGUGAUCCCUAUCAACUAGGACCUGUCGAUGAGGAAAGAAGGGGUAGUGGUGGUAAGGAAAAUGAAAAGGAUGAUGACCGUGCUAGUGAGGAUGAUGUUGACGAUAGCACCACUGCUACUAGCCCUGCCACCAAUACCGAAAAAGAUGAUCGUGGCGUAAAGGGUCGUACCGGUAAGGGUAGGAGGUACAAAACAAUGGCACAGGUAAGAAUGGAAAUCAACAACUGCAUGUUUAACAGGAUUAGAUUACCUACCGUUCUACUGAACGUACAGUACAGGAUGCCUGCAAAUUUGAUAGAUUUUUCUAACAGGUUCUUCUACAGGAGCAUGCUACGCAGUGCACUGCCACUAACAUUCAAAUUCUUUGAUCACAGCAACCUUCUGCUCAUAAACACGGCAGGCAGAAACUUUCUGGAGCAAAAAGACGUAAGCAUUAUAAACGUGGAAGAGGGCAAGCUGGUGAUGGCAUUGCUGUCAUUUAUAGAUCGUACGUACAACGUACGAUCUAUCGGUGUUAUAACACCGUAUGCUGCGCAAGCGCAGCAUAUAAUGCGUAACAUUGACAUGAGCACGUUUCGUGCUCAUGUGCACAUCAGCACGGUAGACUCGUUUCAAGGGCAGGAGCGCGACAUCGUGAUCAUUUCGAUGGUACGCAGCAACUGGGAAAGGAAUAUUGGGUUUAUGGAUGACGUAAGGAGAAUGAAUGUGGCUAUGACAAGGUGUAAAAUGGGAAUGGUGUUGGUUGGUGAUCGGAGAUGCUUUGAAUGGGUGUUUUACCGCAGAAUAUUUGAGUUCUUCGAGCGAGGUGUUGUUUUAGGACCGGAGCAGUUCUAUUCUCUGAUUGAGCAGUAG